AUGUCAGUAAUGUCCGCCCACUCGCAGUCGUCUCCCAACAUGCGCUUCCAGCCGUCGACCCGGAGUUCCCCUACAACACCGGGGUCCGACAAACUGACCGACCUGGCAACCUCCUCAAACUCGGUUGCUGCAGGCUUCGGGGAGGUCCUGCAAGCGUUCGUGGCGUCUACGAAUCCGCCCAACACGCGACCCAUAAUGGUCGAGUUCGGGAAUCGCACUAUGGCGAUAGGGCGGCAGAGAAUGCAGACGAUGAAUGGCAGGAACGCGUUCCUAUACAUGAAGAGCAAAUUUGGACUGCUGAAUGCGACAUCAGCGUUCUUCCUAGAGGCGACCUUCGAACAAGACGCUGACUCGUUCGUGGAGAUUGACUUGGACUCUUGGGAGGAGCUGGUCGCGUUCAUGCACAAAAUCCGCAUCAUCAGUUGA